CAGAGGCGGGGCUCAGGAUUGGGGGGCGGAAUCAUGCGCAGGGGGCGGGGCCCGAGAGAGAGCUUGGAGGAGACCGGAAGUCCCUCCGCCUCCGCCCGCCCUCGUGCUCCCUUCAGCCCCUUCGCAGCUCCGUGCGCAAGGUCGUGUCCCGGAAGUGAAGGGGCCAUGUUGAUGGGUGACCAGGAGAGAGGUACCCGGCCGGAGGCGAGUCCUGCGGAGUGGUAGCGCGCGCGGCCUGCGGUGUGACACCCAGCCCCUGCCAGUUCCCCAUGGCCCGGUGGAGCCGAGCGGCGGUGCUGAGUCUCUAUCGGGCUCUGUUGCGCCAGGGCCGACAGCUUCGCUACACUGAUCGAGACUUCUACUUUGCCUCCAUCCGCAGUGAAUUCCGAAAACAUCAGAAGCUAGAGGACCCUGAGGCCCGGGAGAGGCAGCUGGAGAAGGGCCUGGUCUUUCUCAGCGGCAAAUUGGGGAGGAUCAUUUAGGAUCCUCCAAGGGAAAGAGGACAAAGGUGCCUUCUGUAGACACUCCUGCUCUCUCCCAUCCCCACCUUACAGAUGCAUUAAGAAGCCUCAGAUGAGCAAUGGCAGGCGCUGGUGAGCGCAAAGGCAAGAAGGAUGACAAUGGCAUUGGCACGGCCAUUGACUUUGUGCUCUCCAAUGCCCGGCUGGUGCUGGGGGUGGGUGGAGCGGCCAUGCUGGGCAUCGCCACGCUGGCAGUUAAGCGGAUGUACGAUCGGGCGAUCAGUGCCCCUACCAGCCCCACCCGCCUGAGCCAUUCAGGGAAAAGGAGCUGGGAAGAACCAAACUGGAUGGGCUCCCCCCGACUGCUGAACAGGGACAUGAAGACGGGCCUGAGCCGGUCCCUGCAGACCCUUCCCACAGACUCCUCUGCCUUCGACACAGAUACAUUCUGCCCGCCCCGGCCCAAGCCAGUGGCCAGGAAGGGCCAGGUAGACUUGAAGAAGUCACGACUCCGCAUGUCCCUGCAGGAGAAACUUCUUUCUUACUACCGGAACCGGGCAGCCAUCCCUGCUGGAGAGCAGGCUCGGGCCAAGCAAGCUGCUGUGGACAUAUGUGCCGAGCUCCGGAGCUUCCUGCGGGCCAAGUUGCCUGACAUGCCGCUUCGGGACAUGUACUUGAGUGGCAGCCUCUAUGAUGACCUGCAGGUGGUGGCAGCUGACCACAUCCAGCUGAUUGUGCCCCUUGUGCUGGAGCAGAACCUGUGGUCGUGUAUUCCUGGUGAAGACACCAUCAUGAAUGUUCCUGGCUUCUUCCUGGUGCGUCGUGAGAAUCCAGAGUACUUUCCUCGUGGGAGCAGUUACUGGGACCGCUGUGUUGUAGGGGGCUACCUCUCCCCAAAGACAGUUGCAGAUACAUUUGAGAAGGUGGUGGCUGGCUCCAUCAAUUGGCCAGCCAUAGGGUCCCUCUUGGACUAUGUGAUCCGCCCGGCACCACCCCCAGAGGCCCUCACACUGGAGGUACAGUAUGAGCGUGACAAACAUCUCUUCAUUGACUUCCUGCCAUCAGUGACCCUCGGUGACACAGUCUUGGUGGCCAAACCACAUCGGCUAGCCCAGUAUGACAACCUGUGGCGGCUGAGCCUGCGUCCUGCAGAGACGGCACGCCUGCGGGCUCUGGACCAGGCUGACUCGGGCUGCCGAUCUCUGUGCCUCAAGAUCCUCAAGGCCAUAUGCAAGUCCACCCCGUCUCUGGGCCACCUCACUGCCAGCCAGCUAACCAAUGUCAUCCUCCUCUUGGCCCAGGAGGAGGCUGACUGGUCUCCAGAUAUGCUGGCCGACCGUUUCCUACAGGCCCUGAGGGGACUUAUCAGCUACUUAGAGGCUGGAAUCCUGCCCAGUGCUCUAAACCCCAAGGUGAACUUAUUUGCAGAGCUCACCCCUGAAGAAAUAGACGAAUUAGGAUACACUCUGUAUUGCUCAUUGUCCGAGCCAGAGGUGCUGCUGCAGACGUAGGGCAGGUGAAGGCCAACGCGGGUGUUGGUGGUCAGGCCCUGGAUUCUCCGUUAGAUACACUUGGCUACUUAGUUGGUGCCUCACAGGGUUCCUGGUGCCUGCUGUCUUGCUGAUCAUCAACCUGGUCACUUCCUGCUGAUUAGAAUGACAUCUCUUCCGUCUCCUAUUUUCUUACCCAACUCUUCCUAUUUUUGUUACCAAUCACUGUGCUCCCUGCUCCCCCUGGCUCCAGGCUAAUUUUUCUGGAAUGAAUUGAGAAGGUGGUAUGCUGGCCUGAGCUGAUGGACCACUUGUUUUGCAUUUCAGCCCAUGUUUGCUGCCUCUGUCUGGUCUGCCUUGCCUGUUUGCCUGUUCCUAUUCAGUGUCUUUUCUAUUUUUUCCUCUCUUGUUCAUGCCUUCUGUUUUGCUCUUGUCCCUGGAGCAUAUCUGCCUAAUUAAGAUGUUGCCUUUUAGUUGAAUGCCACUGAAGAGCUGUGACAGCAUGUUUCAAAGCUGAACUCUACAGAGUGAGUGCUGGGACAGUAUUUAGGGUUUCUGGGAGUGAGGCUGGUAGAAGAGCUGGCCUUGACCCCGGUUCCUGGAGUAGAGUCCGCCCUCCCCGCCAUCUCCUGACCCAUUCCUAAAUGCUGAGAAUGUCUCUCACGGAAACACUGUUAGUGAUCCCCACAGGACAAGCUGGAUUCUAAAUUAUUUGCAGAUUGAAUUUCUGGGUGGCUAUCAGCAGAAGUGCAGAGUAGGGAACCAGAGCUGGUUAAGGGCCUAGUGGAGGGUUUGUGUGCCCAGUGUCCGCUCCUCAUCUGUGGCUGCAGGGGUCAGACAGACAAGGAUGGGGGCUGCCAGGACACCACCUCGUCAUGAAUGCUGGUUUUCACCCCUCUUCCUUAUUUUAUUGCCAAUCAGGACAAGGCCUUGAAGGAAUGCAGUCUUAGCCAUCAGUUAAGGAUGAGGGAGGUAGACAGGCGAUUGAAUGUCAGUUGGAAAAUCCGGUCACUAGUUGGGGUUUGGUGGCCAUGUUUUCUCCCCAGACAGGCCCUGCUUUUCUAGGAUGUGGCCUUAGGCAAGAACAGACCCAACAGCCAGCCCUUCAUCCUCCAGUGUCUGCCGUAGGAACGUGAGAGGGCUCUUUGCUGAGCGCUCGGGGUACGGCCAGAGGGCAAGUGAGCAUGCACAGACCUCUUUCCCCUGUCCUGUUUCUCACCCAGCACCUGGGGAGAUUGGUGCUACCAAGGAAGAGAGCACACAGAUAAGGCAGAGGGGAGGAGGUAGGCAUUUCUUAGGUUCCUCAUUGUUUCCUGCUGCUGAGAUUGCAGUAUUUAUUGCAAUGUAAAUGUAUCCUGAAGGUGGGGAGGAAUGUUUAAUCCACCAUGUCCAUGUGUCGUCUUGGUUUGUGCUUGCCCUGUUUGUGGCAAGACUCUGAUGAUAAUUCUGUUUCUCAUCUGCCUAUCAGUAUUUUGUUUUCCUCCCGUCAAGUUGUCUUAUUUUUUGGAUGACUACCUCUCCAUCAGUGAGGUUCUGGUGAAGCUCUCUGCAGCUGUCUCAUUCCUUUCCAAUGAUAGUAACAGGAAAUAACUCUUUAGCAUUGAUACCUCAGCAGCAAUUUAGGGUAGAGAUUCCUGCCCUGUCACAGAUUAGGAAGUUGACAACUAGGCUUAACGUUGACUAUAUUUAGAGGUCUUUUUGGCUCUUUUCCCCUUAACAAGGAUUUCUUAUGGUGGUUUCAAUUUUAUUUGCAUAAAAGUAUUAAGAGGGAACAAAAAACGAUAAAGCUGAGAAUCGUGAGAGAGCUUAUCUACCUGUCUGUUGGUAAGACUCAAAUGAGAGUUUAAAAAAAAAAAAACCGGUACGCCUGAGUACCAUCCUGGAUGAA